CUUGCACUGGCGCUUGUUCCUCAUGUUUGCCUUUGAGUGGCGUUCACCGGGUUCGCUCGCAUUCCUCCCCAUGCUUCCCCACUCCUCCUCUCCCUGCCCGACCCUCUGGGAUUUGGUGGCUUUACUCGAUGCGCCGUUUUGCUCACACCUACUCUUCCGUCACGCGGUUUCUGACACCAACCACCAGAAACGCACCGUACCCAACCCAGAGACAUAGGGCAGAAGGGCCUCAAGGCUGCAGAGUGAGGCGUCGAGCCUGAACCUUCUACAGGGCCCCACGAUGGCCCCUCGGCCAGUCAGUCGGGCGCUUGCCUUGUCUCUCUUUGUUCUCGUACUGAACACGGGCUACGUGGCUUCACGUAAUCUGAUUCCAGCGGCGGCCUUGUCAGACUAUGUCACCCGCCAGCAGGGAAUUAUUGCCGAUACUCCGGCGCCAAUGGGCACUUUGCUAGAUGCAGAGGGCGGCCAACAGCAGAAGCCGCUCGACUGUUUUCAAGUCGCCCAGCCAGUGUUGGGUCCCAAAGGCCCCGUCUACCAGGCGUUGACGGGCAGCUUUGAUGAUGGCAAGGGUAAAUCUCCGGCGACGGACCCCAAAGACUGCAAGGUGCAGUUGAUGGACCACUCUUUUGGUAACAGCUUUGGCAAGCCCUUCUUGAUAGGCGACUACAAACCUCCUGGCUGCGACUUCAACCGCGUCAUUGUAAACUUUACCGCCACCUCUGCAGGCCGCCAACUGGAUCGGCUGGCUUUGUUGUAUCUCGGCGACACGGAGGUAUGGAGAACAUCCACUGCGGAGCCCAGAGCGCCGCCCGGAAUCAUCUGGACCUAUUGGAAAGACAUGACCCCGUAUCUUAGUCUCUGGAAGACUCCUCAGAAGAUCAUUUUCGACUUGCCCAACCUCAUCGACGACAUGUUUACGGGCCCCUUCAACUGCACCCUGACCGCAACCUUUUUCAAAAGCGACGUCGAAACCGACAGUGCACCCCCGGCUGACCACAUCAUCCCCAUAUCAUCACGGAACGCGUCUUCCAACACAGGCAGUGCCUGGCUAGUGCCUGAACGUGAAGCCGUGAGCACUGUCAAAUUUCCGCGCAAUGCCAAUCGAGCAGUCUUCUCCGUCUCGGCCAAUGGCCAAGGGACCGAGGAAUUCUGGUGGAGCAAUGUCCUUCAGAGCGAUGCUGCAGCAUUCAAUGCCACCGUCGGUAUGGCUCCGGAUGGCAGCCCGUGGCGUGAGGUGCAAGUCAUCAUUGAUGACCAGCUAGCCGGGGUACAAUGGCCAUUCCCUGUUAUUUUCACUGGAGGCGUCGUUCCCAGCUUUCACCGGCCGCUCGUAGGUCUCGACGCUUAUGAUUUACGAGAGCAUGAGAUCGACAUCUCGCCAUGGCUCCCGGUCUUAAGUGAUGGCAAGGAGCACACAUUCAAGAUCAAAGUCGCCGGCCUCGCGGAUGACGGGCAAAAAACAAUUGUGAAUACCACCGUUGGCAACUUUUGGGUUGUCUCUGGCAAAGUUUUUCUAUGGCUAGACGAGGAGGGCUCUAUCACGACUGGGAAACCGCCUACUGUAUCAAUCUCCGACCCUGAUAUCAAAAUCACUGGUCGUGCCCUAGGAAAGAACUCUACAGGCGCCAACGAAACUCUUGCAUUCAAUCUGGAUGUGACGAGGAUGAUCUCUGUCAAAGGCGAGGUAGUCUCCAAGAAAGGGACCAAGAACCCUGAGUGGACUCAAAAGUUGUCGUACACCAACAAUGCGACGCUAGGCCAAUUUGGUCGCAAUGGCUUCAAUAACUUCAUCAUCACCGGGACAGACGAACUGACGGGCAUGGGCACAUACAAGUCAACAUACUCGUACCCGCUGAUCGUCAAUCAAACUGCCAACAUGUCAGCGAACGGUGACCUGAGCCUGGACGCAACACUAUUCCAAGAAUUGAGGUUGGAAGUCGAAGGUGUCGGUGUAUACCCGACCGGGCUUGAGGCUUACAAUAACCCAACCCGCAACAGGCAGGGACAAAGCAGCCAAUACAAGACUUCCAAACUCUCGACGUUCCGGAACGGCACGGCAGUCUUCAACAUGCCGGCAGAUAUGAAGAGCAGCUCAGCAUUUGGCACUACUCGGCAGGUCUUCCGGUUCAGCGGCGGCCGGGACGGGGCACGUGACGUGGAGCUAUAUACAAGGAGAGUGAGAGCAAGCAACAACACGGUGCUCUCCGACGAAGAAAAGUCUGCCGAUGGCCGUGAGAAGGUUUUGACCGUCUCAAACCCUUUAGGGGAAGCCAAUUAAGAUCGGCAAAUGUGCACUAGUUACAGGUGAAGGCUCUCAAGUUUCAACUUCCAAGAGACUAGUAUAGGGCACUCAAGAACAGCCGUGAGCAGGUGCUGAACAGACAUGGACAAACAUGCCAUGUCGGACUCCGGAUUACACCGACCAGCUGCACGGACGAAAGGACGGGAGGCUUCAGGCUACUCUAGCACUACUGAGCUGGCCCAAGUGCACUGGCAGCUCUGCUAGCCGCUUGUGGCAGAGGUGAGAAAGUGUCUUUCACCUUUACACUGCGGUUGGCAAGUUGGCAAGGUUGUCGAAUCGGGAUUUGGUUUUUAAACUUUCGGGGUUAGAAGCAAACG